UUACCAAAGAAAAAAAAAAGAAGAAAACUUAACCUCUCUUAACUUAUCAUCCAGAGUUAGACUCAAAUUCAACCGAUCAACCGAGCAAUGGUGAACUGAUUUAAAGAAACCAUUCGCAUUAGAUAAAACGAAUCAAUGACACAACGAAAAAAACAGAAAAACGGAAGAGAAGAAAAAAUGCGCAGAAUAAAGCAGAAAUCAAAUGGCAGGUAGAGCGAAGCAGAACAUACCUAGACGACGUAUAGCGAAGAAAUCCGAUGAAGCGAGACAACCGCACAAUCUAUACACGAGAGAUGAAACGAGUAAGCAAACGAGAGGCGACAACGUAACCGAGAAUCACCGCGAGAGACAGAGUAAGCCCGUUUAAAGGAAAGAGCAGAAGAGAGAGAGAAAGAGAGAGAGAGAGAGAUUGUCGAGGAUGGUGGUGGGUUAUGGUGACGUCACGUCGGGUCGAUACUCACCCACACUCUAUUUCCCGGCGUGAUGGUGGGCUAUGGGGGCGCAGGCGCGGCCUCGUACGCUCCUGAGAGCUCCUUCCCGCCAUAUUAGCCAGCAUGGGGUAGGCGAGGAUGUUCGACAGGGGUGAUACGGGCUGCUUCUUUUCCCACAAGGUAAUCCGUGUACCUGUGUCGCGUGGCCCAGCGCUCUUACACACACCUCUCCUCUUAUCUAUCCUGCAGUGUCUAUAGCCGUCUAAAACCGGCUAAUUUUGGUCCCGAUAAACGCAAACGUCCUCGAGAGACGUCAAGGUGUACAAGGGUGGACCGGUGUGCCCCAGUUGUUGGGAUUCUCGUGAUUCCUCGACACUUGGUGAGAUACAACAUCUAGGUGUGCUCGCGUAUUACGCAUGGAUAAACGCACGAAUAGCAUCACGGCGAGAACCACGGAUCUCGACACCUCGACGGCAAAGGGGAAAGAAGAGAAGCAGAGGGCCUGGACACCGGGUGAAACGAGGAAGAGAAGGGUUGAGAGUAGCUGCACAAUCAAGGGUGAGGAACUCCUCACCGCUUCCGACGGCCUUCCCGAGGACACAUCUAACAAAAGAGGCUGCAAAUCGGCCGCGCAAGUGUGGAUGUCUUUAUUGUCCCUGUGCGACCGGAUGUGCGGCUCUGCCGCGUGGCUCGUCCUCUUCACAUGCCUCCACGGGGAGGGCCGGGGGGAAGUGACAGACAUAAGCGCAAGUCCUGGAAGGCAAGCACCUGCCAACCAGUUGCGCCCCAAGGAACCACCCCCCAUGGUCAUUCAGGGAGAUUUCAGGAAGGUGAGUGGAAUCAGCACAGAGAUAUUCAAGCAGAUCGAAACCGUCGAGAACGAUCAUGACGCCUCGACAGCAGCCGCCCUCGAAGCUGUCGAACGAAGGGGUGAGAUGGUUGUCCGGGUCAUCGAGCCACGACAGAUGGGCAGGCAGGCGUCCGAAGCGGCGAAGAAGUUCAUUGCUAUGCAGGAUCCAAAACAACCUAUCCAUUUUGUUGAAAUAAUCAAAAGACCAGGACAAACAUUGGGAUUAUACAUACGAGAAGGUAAUGGUGUAGACAGAAAUGACGGUGUUUUUAUCUCGAGAAUAGCCCUGGAGACCGCAGUCUACAACAGCGGCUGCCUGAAGGUUGGAGAUGAGAUUUUAGCAGUGAAUCUGGUCGAUGUGACGCACAUGAGCCUGGAUGACGUUGUAAUUAUCAUGUCAAUACCCAGAAGACUCGUCCUGGCGACAAGACACGGCCAACAUCAACCAGUUUCACACAGUCGUCAGACUGAACAUAAGGCACCUCCAGUUGUAGUGAUCAAGAGAGAGCUAAAUGAAGAUGAAAGUGAUCAUGCAACAAGCAAUCAUGUCAGGGAUGGCAGUCGUAGACGUGGCGAUGGUCGUGAGAUGCUACCUUCCCGAUCAAGAUUAGGUCUGACAGGUCUAGGUUCCAGUCAAGAUCUCGGAUCCAGCAAUGGCGAUUUAUAUUACAAUUCUAGACCGGAAGGGCAUUGGUCUUAUCAACCACCACCGCCUCCUGUAAUUACUCAUCAGCCUAAACCCUCUACAACACAACACUUCCAGCCUUAUGAGCGUGGAUAUCCAAAAACAUUGGAGAGUUUGGCUGAAAAAGAUUUCACAAAGGUACAUUCCUUCUACACGGGGCCAGUUAUGCCCUCUAAUGGUGGUCGUCGGAUGUCCACGGGUGCAGGAAUGCAAUCAGUUGGUAGCAGAUUAUCUAGUCAAACUCAAUCAACGCAUUAUGGUUAUGGUCAGCAUACUGGAACUGGAAGAAUCAUGCCUAGAAGCGGUUCGGAUCAACAUUUACCUCGGGUUGAUUACACGAGUAUCACAACUCCAGCUAGACAUACUCUUCUUAGAUCCAGUUUGAAAUCAGGAACUUCUGCGUUGAGAUACAAUACCAGAUAUGGUACUCAGGGAGAUAGCGCGUCAACUACACAAAGACAAGGACAAUUUGGUACUUUAACUAGGAGGCAUCGACCAUCAUUGGAUUACGCUUCCGACACUGAAGCAACCUGUUCAAGUUCGCCUAAAUCGGCUUAUUAUUACUACAGGCACAAUAUGAAUAAUCCGCCACAAAGUAGUGCUGUCUCGCACCUUGCCACCCUCUCAAGGUCACAGAUUGGUCAGAGUUCCUCAGGCUUGAGAUCGAAUUCGUUGCCUCGUAGUGGCAGAACAUUGCCUCAGCAACCAGGUCUCAGGUCUGGACUUAGCACAGUAGCAUCUGGACUAAUAGAUCAGGAAGAUAGCGAUGGUGCACUGUCAGCGCCUGAACUACCUUCCAUCAGACGCGAUAGAGGAAGAAUACCAUCAUCACCUAGUGUGUUCACAUCAGAUGAGUACCGGGCAUGGUUGAGUCGAACGCCGAGUACCAGUGCAUUAUACGAGCAGAUCAGAGCCACUACAACCAGACCACCACGUUAUACCUAUAGUGCAGAAAAUAUUCAUGCAGCUGCAAAUCAAGGUGAAUAUGGAAGCUAUGGAGCAUAUAGACCACUUUCCAGCACAUUAGAUCGUUUGUCAACAAGAUCAGCCUCUGCACAACAAGUGAAUCUUGCCAAUUUAAGAGCAUCGACGGCAAUAAGUUCAACAUGCCCUCGUGGGACAGCGAAUCAAAGACCGGCCUCGGUUGCAUCCAGUGCUCGUAUUUCUUUGACGAGUCAGAAACCAUCAUUGAGUAGCUCUACCACCCAGAGGGCAACGUCAGUCAGGAGAAUCAGAAACCUGUUAGACCUAGAGUCCACGCGAAGCAUACCUACCCCCACGCCUACCAGAACUCAGGAUCAAAGACUGCUAGAUAUUAAUCCUGCAGAGUUCCUUAAAUAUAAGAUAGAAAAACCUCCAACUGUUGGAACUCCGAGCUCUACCAGCUCUCUUUUGAGCUCACUCGGAGAAACUAGCAGCGGCGAUUUGGCGGGAGGUGUUAGUGGGCUUCUCUGGGUUCAUCUUCUGGCUGGACGUGGUCUUCGUUCGACAACAUCUUCCUCAGCAGCCACUACACCUUCCACACCAUCAGGUCAGCCUAAUUUAGCUAGUUGCGGUUUGAGAGAUCUUUACUGCGUACUGGAGUGCGAUAGAGUACAUAAGGCGAGGACAGUGAUGCGAACCGGUGAUUUGAUGUUCGACUGGGACGAAACCUUCGAGCUGGAUCUCGUUGGCAACCGUCAAUUAGAUUUGCUGGUCUAUUCAUGGGACCCACAAUAUAGGCACAAGCUAUGUUACAAAGGAUCUGUACAUCUGGCGACUCUUUUGAAGGAGUCACCAGUUCAUCAAUUAGCUGUCAAGGUUGAACCACGUGGCACAAUUUAUCUAAGACUGCGAUACACUGAUGCUCAGCAGACAUUCCGAAGAAGAGGACUUCCGGUUAUAUCUCUUGCCACCAGGGUAGCACCUCUCUUCGGAGUUGAUCUUGACACGGUGGUAAGUCGAGAAAGCAAGACUGGUGGAGUUCCUGGAGGUGUUUCUACCGCUUUAGCAAUGGGCGUUCCAAAUGUGCCCAUAAUUGUAUGGCGUUGUGUCGAAGAAGUUGAAAGAAGAGGUCUUGAUAUUAUUGGUUUAUAUAGGCUUUGUGGAUCAGCUACGAAAAAGAGGAUACUUAGGGAAGCUUUUGAAAGAAAUGCUCGUUCGGUGAAUUUGUCACCUGAUAAUGUGCCAGAUAUCAAUGUGAUUACUGGUGUACUAAAAGAUUACUUGCGAGAACUUCCAGAACCACUCUUCACGAAGUGCCUCUACCAAAUGAUGGUCGAUGCACUGGCCGUCUGUUUACCAGAUGAUCCACAAGGCAAUGCAAAACUCAUGUUUAGUAUACUUGAUUGUUUACCAAAAGUGAACAGGUGUACAUUAAUAUACUUGCUCGACCAUUUGGCAAUGGUAGUAUCCCAAUGCAAUAAAAUGUCUCCAGCAAGUUUGGCAGUUUGUUUUGGACCAGUGUUAAUGCUACAUUCAGAAGAAAAUGGGCCACCUCUGGAUUUCCAACAACCAAUAGCAGUUCUCAAAUAUCUUCUUGAGAUUUGGCCUGUUAAGUCAGUUCGGAAGAUUUCUUCAGUCGCUUCAGCGCUUCCUCGAGUUACGCCAGCAGUCGAGCACAACAACAGUCAGCAGCAACUGCAGCAGCAGCAGCAGCAGCAGGUUCAGCAACAGGUACAACAACAGGUACAGCAGCAGUUGCAGGGAACAUUGGGACGCACAGGGCUGCCUUGGCAGCCUCAACACUCACUUCAUCAACAGCCCCCAACUACGGCACCACCCGCAGCUCUCGCGUCCUCCACUCGUCCACCACCACCGGUCAAGCCUCGACAGGUGAUAGUCUCGUCUCCCGGUUCACCUAGCAGCGAGGAGUCAGAAGUCUCGCCGGAACCGAUUAAUAAGAGCCUUCUCGGCGGUCUGGGACUCGAAAAGAGCAACGAAGGGACCACAGUGAACUCCACUGGUCCAGGAACAGAACAAAUUACACCGACCAGUAGUGUUGACACUGAGGAGGGGAAUAUACCACAUCUAGAAGAAGGCGAAAAGGGAGUUGAGGGUGAUAUAGAAGCUAGUGACGACGAUCGACAUCAGCACGUACCCAAGACGCAUUAAAAUUUCAUUAAACAUAUGGAUUAAUUAUAAGUCGAGGGUUAAGAAGAAUGAAAAAAAAAGCUAAAAAAAAAAAGAAGAAGAAAACGAAAGUUUUUUAAUUUAAAAUAAAAAAAAUAAAGAACUUUUAAUAUUUAUCGUUGAAAAAAGAAAGAAAAGAUAUAUUUGUAUUUUAUAUAUUUCAUUGCACUUUGGCUUAAUAAUUAAUGAAAUAGAAUGAUAUCUUCAGAAAACUUAAUAUUAGUAUUGAAUACGAUGUUUAAUCUUCAAAUCGUAAGAAAAAUAUCGAAGAAACAGAUUUUUAAACAAAUAAAUCGACGGUUCUGAACACAAUGAGAUAAAAAAAGUUUCAACGAAAUCUCUUCAUACUAAUUUAAGAUUAAGAAUACGUAAUCAAUGAUUCAUGGGUACCAGUAUCGUUUCUGAUUUCUCAGUAUAUACAUCUUUAUAAUCAUCAAAUUCUAGCGCUAAUGUAUAUUGAAUUAUAUAUAUACGAUGGACCAUGUUUGUCAUACUGAAACAUUUCUAAAAAAAAAAAACCAAAAAAAAAUAUAUAUGUAUAUGUGUGAGAAAAAAAAAGAGAAAAAGAAAUGUGAAAGUUUUUCCAUGAUUUUUCUAUAAUUUAGAAGCAUAAAAUAGCUAUUAUGGGUUUUUUCUUCAUUGCAUCCCAAAAGAAAAAAAGAUUAUUACAUUUUUUAAAGAGGAAAACUGCAAAAAAAGAAAAAUAAUGCAGGAAUAAGUAUAAUUAUGAUUUUAAAUUUAAUUAGCUCAUAUCAUAUACUUUAAAGCUCUUUUUAAAAAAUCUCGAAUCGUCACGGGGUUUAUUCUGAAAUAUUUUUAAUAUAAAAUAUUUUUUUUUAUCUUUCAAUGCAUUUUAAACAAUCAAUUUAACUUAAUUUUUUUUGAUAAUUCAUUUGUAAUCUUCAUUUUCUCAUUUCAAUCUGUAAACUUAAUUGAACAAAAAUGAUAAAAAUUGUUAAACAUUUGAAAAUCAGUUUAAAGAUACUUGCAUUAUAUAACAAGAUAAAAAAAAUAAAAAUUUAAUGAUUUAACAUUUAUAAAAAAAUGAUUUAACAUUUUUUCUAAAUAUAUUUUUUAUCUUGAAAUCUUUCUAUGGAUAGUCCAAAGUCAAAGAGAUAUGCUCCAAAAAAAUUCUAAGAAGAAGAAUGGAAGUUAAUGAAAGAUGAAAAAGAAAAUAACUUAAUGAACCUCGAGACGAUUCUUUUAACCAACAUGGCUACGAUUUUUAUCUUUCUUUUGUCUUUCAUUCUUUCGAAAGCCGACGAUGAUCUUCAAUGACAAAAAAAAGAGAUACAACUUAGUGGCAGAAGUCUCGCGCGAAUCUCAGAAAGUAGCCGUGAAAAGGAUGAAGAGAAGCAAAGAAAAUAUUUGAAUUCCUCGAAACUGUCGUUCACCAUGACGUAGACGUAGAAACGACGAACUUCAUACUUUUACGUAUCCAGUGCUCAAUAAUUCCAAAACGAAGCAGUCACUCAAAUAGUAAAUAGUUGGCCAAUAGUCAAGUUGAUCUAUCAAUGAAUUAAUUAUAUAUGUAGAAAAGAAGACAAUGAAGAUGAUUAAAAAGAGAGCAAGCACAAGAACUUUUGUCUUUUUCUGAGUUUGAUAUCUUGAUCUCAGAAAUUUCAAUUUGAGGGACAAAAUGUUUUCUUUUCAUCGUGAAGAAGAAAAAAAGAGAAGAAGAAAACAGAAAAAAGAAAAUGAUGAUAAUGAUAAUUAUAAAAGAAAAUGAUGAUGAUGAUAAUGAAAGAAGAUUAGGAGGAAAGAUUGAUAAAAACCUGUAAAUAAGUAGAAUUUCAUUCAUCACAUAACAAAUAAAUGAUAGACACACAUACCAGGAUCGAAACUGGCUGUCCUGGGGCCACGUUAUAUUCUCUUUAAUUCAUGGUCUACAGUUUUGAAGACCAUCGAUAGGUCCCAGAACUGGAUACGACCGUGCAUAAUGUAGUUCUUCAGAAGAAUAUAGCUUCGUAUGAAUUGUGAAUGUAGAAAGACACUUAUACCUCUGAGAAUAGCUGCGAAUACAUAUCUCAAUUCAGAAUUCAUUCUAUCUAAUGAGAAUGAAUAGAGAUGGAAAUAGUAUGGUGGCAAGUAGAUUGUGGGCCCUCCCUUGAUAUUAUAUAUAAUUUCUAAUUUUGCAGAUCUUAAGGUAAAUCAAUUCUCAAAUCAAUUUCCUUUUUCCUUCUUUUAUUCCAAUAAUUUAUUCUUAUUAGAAUGGAAAUGAAAUAAUAGAAUAAAAUCCAUAUCUUUUAAGUUAUAUAGAGUUAUGUUAAUAUAGAGAAUAAUAAUGAAAUUUUAUUUGUAAUCUUUUAUUUGUUUGAAAAUUUUUAGUUGUUUGGAAGAAAAUGAAUUAAAAUAUAUUAAAACAGGGCUCGCUAAAUCUGGAAAAUUUAAAUGCAAAGCUAAUCAACGCUGUUCUACGCUUGAUCGUUUCCAUCCUUCAUCGAGCAGGGGCAUAAUUAGAUCAUAGAUUUUAUCCUAAAGCUUUCAUCGUCCUACAUAUCAUAUAGAGAAAGAGAGAUUCUUUGUUUCUAUAAUAGAAAAAUGGGCCUAUGAAGGAAAUUCUUAAGAUUCAAUGAAAUACAUGAUAAAGAAAUGAUAA